ACGCAACUCAGCUCCGCAGUGACGUUGCUGAGACUUCAACAGGUUGUUUGAGCUGCGGUGAGUUUGUGUCUCCACCUGUGUUUCACCUUUAUAUUCACAGUGUGCUGUGGUAACAAACACAGGUGAAGAUGAACGCAGCAGAAUCACAGCGACGCUCUGAACCGUUUCUACCAGAGAUCAACACCAACAGGAGGAGAUGUGCUCAGCUCAGCAGGAGGAAGCCGGAGAAGACGUCAGAUGAAUCAGCUCAGAUUCUCUCAAAAGAAGAAAUUGCGCUGUUCAGACACAGUGUGAAGCAGAGCGUCUGUGUGCAGAUGCUUCAGGAGGGUUUUCACAGGUCGUUCUCGGAGCUCUUCCUCCUGCUGAGAGCUGAUGAGGAUCUCAGGGAUCUCAGACGUCAGGCGCCGCUGGAGCAACAGAAGGACAAACUGGAGACCAUGAGAGUUCACCUGAGCCUGGCCGAGCAGGCGGAGAGGACCGGUUCCUGGUCGGUGGUGUGUGAGCAGCGUCUGUCUCUGGGUCAGUACUUCUCGGUUCCGGAGGACGUCUGGCUCAGUUUGCACUUCUACCACAGCUGUGUGGACAGACAGCCGGGCGGGUCCAGACCGGUGGCCGAGGCCCGGGCCUGCAUGGCCGAGCUGUACCUGCAGCGAGGUGAGCUGCAGCAGGCGAAGCAGCAGGCGGAGCUUUGCAUCCAGCAGGCAGAAGCAGGCGGCUGGAUGGACUCGGCCGGGCGACCUCUGUGGCUCCGGGCUCGCCAGACACUGUGGAGGAUCUACAGCCGGCUGGCCGACGCUCCGCUGGACGCCGAGGACUACGACGAGGCCCUGACGCUGCUCCACAAGGGCUACAGCAUGGCUAUAGAGUCUGAAGACAAACAGCUGGAAGGUGAGGCCUCGUACCGACUGGGGCUGACCUAUCACAGUGCAGGAGACCACGACAGAGCCAAACAGUUCAUCAGCACUUCCAUGCAGAUCUUCGGCACACUGGGGAAUGCAGACGGACUCGGGAGGUGCUACAAGGCUAUGGCCAAGUGUAUGGAGAGCGAGGAAAACGUUGACGAGACAGUCGAUUGUCUGGAGAAGUUUGCCGACAUCUCUCGUAGCAACGGACUGCAACACAACCUGGCCGACGCCUACCUGUGUCUGGGCAACAUCUACUACAGGAGGAAUCAGUACCAGAAGUCUUCUGAGUUCUUCCUGCAGAGUUAUGAAGUGGCCUGCAGUCUGCAGGACGUGGAUCUGCUGCAGAGAGCUCAGGUGUGGGUGGCCAGCGCUCGAGCCCAAACUGUCAUCAGGAAGUACAGCGCUGACGUGGUGUUGGCCACGGAAGCCGCUCUGCGACGGCUGCUGGCCUGGAAACAGACCAGACCACUUCAGGAAGCCAGUCGAGACGAUACUGACAGAACUGCUGCUGCUGCUGCUGCCUGGUACCAGCUCACUGACACAUGAUGAUGAUGAUGAUGAUGAUGGUCCACAUCCUGCUCUGAACUGUGGGAUGUAAAUGUGUUUGAUAUUUUCUCAGUUCUUUGUUAACAUAAUAAAAAAGCCUGUGAUCCUCCA